AUGGUCUACGUCCUUCGAUUCAUAGAGAACUUGAAGAGGAAAAAAGGUAGUGAGGAGGCCAUUGUCGGUCUGCUCGACACGACAGAGAUUCAAACAGCCGAACGAAAACUCAUUCAAUUGGUUCAGUGGCAAGUAUUCGGCGACGAAAUGGUCGUAAUUAGGCGCAAUUUGCAAUCUCCCACCGGAAAACGCGAAGAAUUGGAGAAAAGUAGCAACUUAUACCCUCUUACUCCAAUAAUGGAUGAGUUCGGAAUCCUACGGGUGGAUGGCAGGAUCGGAGCAGCCCGUAAUGUAUCUAUGGACGUCAAAUUCCCUGUUAUUCUACCUAAGGAACAUAAGUUCACUCACUUGCUGAUUGAUAGCUAUCAUCGUAAGUAUCGCCACGCCAAUUUUGAGACCGUAGUAAACGAGGUCCGUCAGGUGUUUUACGUCCCGCGGUUGAGAGCGGUUGUGAAGAAAGUCAUCAAAAUCUGUCAGUGGUGUCGAGUGCAAAAUACGAAACCGAGAAUUCCCCGGAUGGCUCCGCUUCCCGCGGCUAGAUUGUCAUCGUUUUGCAAGCCUUUCACGUACGUAGGCUUGGACUUUUUUGGUCCCUUGACUGUGAAGAUCGGUAGGAGUACUGCGAAAAGGUGGAUCGCCCUAUUCACCUGUUUGACAUUGCGAGCUGUACACGUAGAGGUGGCCUACAGUUUGAGCACGGAUUCGUGCGUAAAGUGUGUCCGUCGAUUUGUGGUUCGCCGCGGAUCACCAGCUGAGAUAUACUCAGAUAACGGAACCAAUUUUCAAGGAGCCGAACGACUGCUGAAGGAGCAAGUGGCUACUAAUUCCUCCCAUAUGGGAGGUGCCUGGGAGAGAUUGGUGAGAUCGAUAGAGACAGCUAUGGAAACCACGUACAACAACGAUAGAAAGCUGGAUGAUGAAGGACUCGAGACGAUGGUAGUCGAAGCAGAGGGAAUAGUUAACAGUCGUCCGUUGACUUAUCUACCGUUGGACGCUGAGGAAAGCGAAGCCCUAACUCCAAACCACUUCCUGCUAGGAAGUUCCAACGGAGUCCGUCAGCCAGUUGUAAAGCCAACCGACCCAAUAAGGUCCAUCAUGUGUUCCUGGGACAUGAUCCAACUGCAACUAGACCGUUUCUGGAAGAGAUGGACGCGCGAAUAUUUGCCAACCCUGACCAGAAGAACCAAGUGGUUUGGAGAGGUGAAACCGUUAGCCGAAGGUGACCUUGUAUUCAUCGUCGAUGAGUCGAAGCGGAAUAACUGGAUUCGUGGGCGGGUACAGGAGUUGAUCAAGGCGGGAGAUGGGAGAGUGCGACAGGCCGUAGUCAAAACUGCGAGGGGGACGUAG